GCGAUACCGGAAAUAACUUUAAUGAGACUGAGUCCGGUUCGCACAGCCAGCAGGCAGAGUGGGGCGGGGUCAGAGCUUCGGGCGGGUCUGGAGACAGGGCCAGGGACCCAGGAGGAGGCGGGGCCAAGGGCGGAACCAGCACAGGGAUUUGAGUAGAGUAGAAUCGGAGGCGGGGCCAGAAGAGGGGGCGGAGCCUGCACAGGGACCUGGGAUUGGGGUGGAAUCUGAAGCAAAGUCGCACAGUUUGGCUACCAUCCCUAGGCUGGUUUUAAAGAGGUUCUGAGGCUGGAGUGGAUCAAGAAUAUCCUUGAUCAGAAGCAAAAAGAAAGCACAGGUGAAGAGGUGGAGGGGAGACCGGGCUACAAAAAUGGUGAAAAGUUGGACUCGACCCAAUUGGGGAAGGGCUGUGAAUUGAACGAGAGUCCAAAGUCCUCCAGAGAAGAAAGCUGUCGGGAGGAGAGCGACGACACCCUGAGCUCCGACACUGUGCCUGCCACAGGCAGAAAAGAACUGGGCAAAGGCGAGUAUUGUGUCCUCUGUACAGUGCCCAAGACCCCAGACCAGGACAAGAAUUCUCCGUACUCUGGCCCCGGGAACGUUCAAAAUGGGCUACGGGACCUUGGUCUUCCUGUAGCACUGCACAUCGACACUUGUUGGGUGCCCAGAAGUUUCCACGGGGAGGAACUCUGUCUUUCGCGUGGAUUUCCUUCCCUGGCCUCCACUCCCACCACCCCUAUACACAAUGUCCAGCACUUUUGGGAUCAACACUUGAGUACACGUAACAGUUCUUCUGCACCGGACAGAGCAUUUGCCUCAGGUUUUCUCAGGGUCCUAGAAUGAUAUGUCAGAAUCUGAAUCGUAAUGUUUGCUCCCUAAUGGGUAGCAAAAAGCUACAGCAGUUGUUAAAGUCACAGGAGGAGUUGGAGAAAAAGAUGCAGAAAGAGCUGGCUACAAAGGCACAAGUAGAGCAGGAAAUGAUCCAGCUAAAUAGAGAACUGAUGAAAACACGAGCCCAGAGGAAGCAGCUCAUAGAAGAUCACUGUCACAUGCAAGCUGAAAUCCAACCAUUCUCAGGUGACAGUCCUCUCCUAAUGGGAUAUGUACCUGAUCCAACCAAGCCAAAACAGGUAGCACCAAUUAAGGUAUGGGAUCAACAGACACAGCAGUUGGAGCAGAUACAGUGGCAAAGGCAGGAACUGAUCUCCAGUUAUGAGUUCCAUACAUCAUCACUCCGGGAGGAGCUGCUUCGACAAGAAGAGAUCAAAGCCCAACUGAAAAAGAAGAUUCACACAUUAAAUGCUAGGAGGACAGUGCAGAUUACUCAGGAGGAGCAUAUCAAAUCACUGCAAAUGGAAAAACCAAGAAUCCAGAAGGAGGCAAAAGCACACCUUCAGAAUGCACAAAAUGAUCUUGUUAAAGAAUGGAGAGUGCUAAGGCAUCAGCUGUCUGAUGUAGAGAUUUUGCUGGGGAAAAUUAUGAUGGGAAAGCACAACCAUGUCCUGGAGCAUGCGGCAGACAAAUCUAUCCUUAAUUUCACCUGGCAACUGCAAAAUGAGAACAAACAAUUACAUAAGGAAAUGGGGCACCUCAUUCAAGAAGCCCAACAGCUAGAGGCCCAACGGACUAGGCUCCGAAGGCAGAAACAGCAGCUGCAACUACAGCAGUGUUGCCUGGAGAGCAUCAAAGAAGGGAGGCGGCGUAAACUACUAAUUCCCUGCCAGAAAGGACAAAGCAGUGCGAAGACCACACUGGCCCCUUUCCCAGACACUCUCUACAGUGGACCAGAAGAGGAGCAAGUCAAGCUAUGGAUGUUCACAUUUUCUUUUGGCCUCAAUGUUAUCUUUCUUCAAAGGAUAAACUUCUCUUUUUGAUGGCAACCAUUUAUGUUGACUGCACAGUGCUAGCAUAGACAUUCCAAAAAUCUCAGGUUAAGCCAAUACAGGUAGGUGUCCACCUGUUAUUUCUAAUUUUUGUUGCCUUGCUCUUUACACCCAUUUGUUUGAACCAUUCCAACACAAACAGGGAAGUACAGGCCUCAAAGUGCUGUUAGCAAAUCUGAGACUUCAGGUUAGGGGAAAAGGAUAUUAAACUCACAUGCCAAAGACCUAGUAAUUGCCUUUUUGCUUUUGGUUUGUCUUGGUGUUCCAAUGAAGCAUGAAGUACUCUUGUAAAUAUGUCAGGGGGGCCCUGUGGUAGUGAAGGACAAGAAAAUGACCUAACAGAAUUCCCUAUUUCCUGGUAGCAUUGUUUUGAUUUGAUACUAAGUAACUUAGGUUUAGUUUUGAAUUUAACUGAGAAUGGUAGGUGAAAAUAUACGUAAGGAUUUGUCUAAUUUUUAACAAAGCUUUGCAGUGGAAGAAAUAAUUAUCAUCAUUGUGGCACCCUAGUCCAUGGAAUAAUUUAGGAUACCUAUUCUACAAGGACAUCUGAAAGAAAAAGCAGCUGUUUUAGUUCAGAUUUCCCUUAGACAACUGUUGAAAGAGAAAAGCACCAUUCUAAAUCAUCCCUCACUCUCCACCCUUCUGAAUUCCAAAGUUAUUAUAAGAUAAAUUUUAAUCCAAUUUAUUGGUAUAGAAUUGUAUUUUCAUGCGUCAUAUGUACAUUUAUAGUAUAUUGGGGCCUUCAUCUAGAUGUCUUAGAACACAUUCCCAUUUUUUAGGACUAGGAGCAUAGUUUUACUAUUUCCGACUAUUGUGGUUUUAUGGUAGUUAUCUUUGUUCGUAACGUUUUUGGUCUUUUGUAUUCGUUGGUAUAGAAUUAUAUUUUCACAUGUCACAUGUAUAUUUAUAGUGUACUGGGGCCCUCAUCUAGAUGUUUUAGAACUCAUUCUCAUUUUUAGGAAUAGGAGCAUAGUUUUAUUAUUUCAGAUUAUUGUAGUUUCAUGGUGGUUAUCUUUGUUCAUAACAUUUUCAGUCAUAUGUAUUUAUUGGUAUAGCAUAUUUUUACAUCAUGUGUAUAUUUAUAGUGUAUUAGGGCUCUCAUCUAGAUAUGUUUUAGAAUACAUUCCCAUCUUUUAGGAUGAAAAGCAUAGUUUUACUGUUUUGGGUUAUUGUGGUUUUAUAGUACUUAUCUUUGCUUAUAUUUUCAGUCAUAUGUAUGGUAUACUUGAUGGCUUGCUCAGGAUCAGAGUCUUCAAAUUCUAACGUUUUUCAAAGGAGAAAAUAAAAUCCUUUUUAUGAUGUGGUUUUCAGCAAAAGCCCAGUGGUUCAGAUGCUAUAUAUAUAUAUGUGCAAUUCUUAUUGAAUAAAUUGUUCAAAUGUUUAUCUUCUGAAUUUUGGGAGUCUUCUUUAUGAAUAAGGAGAAUCUAGUGUAAAAUAAAGAUCAAGAAAUUAAAGAUUUCUUCACUGUGCCAUCAACACUUGGAACUGGCAAUCUUUUUGUAUGUUAGGAGUACCAGCAUGUUGUAGAUAGCAAAAAACAUUUAAGUCCUACCCAUGAGGCGUGUGUAGCUCUGGGCAAGUCAUAUAAUCUCUCAGUGCUCUUAGUUAACUGUCUAAAACUGUAAAUUGCAGAGACGGUAUCAUCUUGCAUUGGUAUAGCAAGUUUUCUCACUUGGGAGUUCUCUAUUCCUGAAAAGACAUUUCCUAGCCCCCCAUCCCCAAUUACUGCAUAAAAGCCAGUGAACUACAAUUUAUUCACUGACCUGAUUUUACUUAUCAAUGGCCCAAUCUAGUAUGUUUUCCAACAUACCACAAUGCCUCCUCAUUAAUACCUAUUGGUUAGUUCAUACUCUUCGUAAGUCAGAAAAUUCCAUUCUUUAUACAGAAACCACAACUUGCUAUAGAACUUUUGGUGGCAUGCAAUCAGCUUGCACGUACCUCUUACCUCCGGAUCCUUUUUUCCUCUCUAUGAUUUCUAGCUGCAAACCUAGGAUGAAUUCAUCAUUCUUUUUUAUUAUUAAGACCAAUCUAAAAAACAACAACAACAACACUAUAACGCAUAGUUUGGUGUCCAUUCUAGUUAUUAUUCCUGGGUAGGCCUAUUCCCAUACCUUUUUUCCUAGUCGACAGUGUUCCUCACGUGUGUACUUACUUAGACCCAUAAACAUGCACAAAUACAUACAUGAUCCACAUAUACAAAUGCAAAUUCAGAGCGGGUAUUGGAAUUGGGGAAGGCACAGAGCUAUAAGACCAGGCUGAAAGAGUUUGUUAUGAAUUUGACCUGAAUAGGAUGACAUCAAUAACCAGU